AUGACGGGUGAGUUGUACGUAAAAGCGACAAACGGGCACCGGCAAUCGAUGCAAGUGUGAAAGAAGGAGAGGAGUGCCGACGCGACUCGACGAGAGGGACGGCGAGAAUGAGCGAACGGCGCCAGGCAACCGAAUAAUGCAAAUGCGCUCUUUUGAUAGGUCUGCGUCUCUUACUUGUCACACAAUUUAUGACGGUCUCUAGUAACUUUUUCGCUGGCGAAAUUCGCCACAAAAAGAGAGAGCAAACGAGAAGUUUGUGGUUUCUGUACAAAAUAACAGGCCUACUAACAAAAAUUACCUAUUUACUCUUUUUAUCUACAGCUACGAGCUGAGAGCGUAAUUAUAGAGCUUUCAGACAUGGCGCCACUUUCAGGAUUCCGGAACUUGGCUACAAAAAUCGUCUGCGUCGGCAGAAACUACAAAGAUCACGCAUUGGAACUCGGAAAUGCUAUUCCUAAAAAGCCAAUGCUUUUUGUGAAAGUAAUAAUCUUUUUGAAAAGGAAAAUCUUCUAUAAAAACAAUUUCAGACUGUCAACUCUUUCAUUGUCGAAGGACAGCCGAUCGUAGCUCCGCCUGGAUGCAAUAAUUUGCAUCAGGAAGUCGAACUUGGAGUCGUCAUUGCCAAGAAAGCAUCGGUUCGUGAAGAAACAUCGAAUGAAGUAAUGAACAACAGAACGAUUACUUCCAGCAUAUCUCGAAAGCUGACGCAAUGUCCUACGUGGGCGGCUACACCGUCGCCCUCGACAUGACCGCUCGAGACUUCCAAGACGAGGCGAAGAAGGCCGGCGCGCCGUGGUUCCUGGCCAAGUCGUUCGAUGGAUCCUGUCCGGUCGGAGGAUUUCUUUCAGUUUCUGAAGUCCCCAACCCACAUGACGUUGAGCUGUUCUGCAAAAUAAACGGAAAAGAUCAACAACGGAGUCGCACUGAUGCUAUGAUCUUUGACAUUCCGACUCUUCUCGAAUACGCCACGAAGUUUGUCACUUUGGAACCAGGAGACGUCGUUCUGACCGGAACUCCAGCGGGAGUCACGAAGAUUAACAGCGGCGAUGUCAUUGAGUUCGGAUUGACUAACAAGCUGAUUGCCAAGUUCACUGUCCAAUAG